AUGGAAGACAGGUCUAUCACGCUGAGCACCAAGCCCGGCGCCUCGCUCCACGUGUCAAUCUUCCGCCCACAGGCACCAGAGCAGAACCCGCUCUCCGACACGCUCGUGGUGUUCCUCAACGGGCUGAUGCUCCCCAGCGCGUCCUGGUCGGAAGCAGUCAGCCGCUUGAUCGACUGCCGGAGGGAGUCCAAGCAGCCGGUCCCCGCCCUUCUCUGCUACGAUCGGUACGGCCAGGGCAAGUCCGAGCCCGACCCGACCGACGCGCCCGACAGCCCCUACGGCCACGACGCGCGCGCAGUCGUCGCCGACUUGCACCAGCUCCUGGUCCAGGUCUCCCAGGACGCGCUGCGCCGCCGCCUGGAAGACCUGCGCCUCGUGCUAGUCUGCAACUCGAUUGGCUGCGCGCUCGCCCGCCUGUUCGCGGCUGAGCACCCGGGUCGCGUGGAGGCGUUCCUCUUCCUGGACUCCAUGAUGGCCAACAGCGACUUUGUCUCCGUCUUCCCCGACCCGGACGACCCGGCGUUCGACGGCGGCCGCAGCAGCCAGCUGCCGGAGGGCGUAACGGCCGAGGACCUGCGGCACGCGCGGGCCCAGGCCCGCAAGCUCUUCCACCCCGACGUGCCGAACGCGGAGCGUCUGGACCGGAGACAGCUACGCGAGCUGCUCCCGCGCGCGGACGGCCCCGCCCUGCCCGACGGUCCCGGCGGAAGAUCUCCGCUGCUGACGGUGGUGGGUCAUGACUGGGACGUGUUCGCUGAGCAGGCUGAGAAGGGCUCCAUGUCUGUGCCGAAGGCUGUCACUAACGCCUACUUGAACCCAACGUGGGGUGCUUACAACGAAGGCCUGACUCGCCUCGUCCCGGCCAAGGGCGAGGUGAAAAUCGCCAAGGGAUGCGGUCACUUCAUCCAGAAGGACGAUCCGGCUUUUGUGGCUACCGAGAUUGAUGCUUUACUGUCCGAGAUGCAGAGCCGCACAUAG